AUGAAGAACACUCACUCCCAGUCGCGCCUGAAGUCCUUUCUGGAGCGCCACGGGCUGUCCUUGCUGUGGAUCUGGAUGGCGGAGCUGGGGGACGGCCGGGAGAGCAACCGGAAGCUUCAGGAGGAGAUUAUAAAGACUUUGGAACAUUUACCUAUUCCUACCAAAAAUAUGUUGGAAGAAAGCAAAGUGCUUCCAAUCAUCCAGCGCUGGUCUCAGACCAAGACUGCGGUUCCUCAGCUGAGCGAAGGCGAUGGGUAUUCCAGCGAGAACACGUCCCGGGCUCACACCCCGCUCAACACCCCCGAUCCCUCCGCCAAGCUGGGCGCGGACGCCGACACAGACACCCCCAAGAAGCUCGUGUUCCGCAGACUUAAAAUCAUAAGCGAAAACAGCAUGGACAGUGCCAUCUCGGAUGCCACCAGCGAGAUGGAAGGCAAGGACGGCAAAGAGGACCAGGAGCCGGUGGAAGGCCUCCCGGUGGAGGAGGAGGAAGAGUCGCCGUCACAGCCCCCGCUCACCCAGCAGCUGCCUGAGGCCAAGGCUGACGGGGACGCUGCUGGGGAGGCCAGCAAGCUGCCGGCCCCCGGCCCUGAGGCCGAGGGCGAGGCAGAGCCGGGAGAGAGCGGUGCGAAGCCGGAAGAGCACACGGCGGAGGAGACGCCGUCCCAGGACGAGGAGGAGGGCGUGUCCGACGUGGAGAGUGAGCGCAGCCAGGAGCAGCCGGACAAAGCCGUCGACAUCAGCGAUCUGGCCACCAAGCUCCUAGACAGCUGGAAAGACCUAAAGGAGGUCUACCGGAUUCCAAAGAAAAGCCAGACGGAGAAGGAGAGCGCAGUGACUGAACGGGGAAGGGACGCUACUGUCUUCAGAGAUCAAGCUGCUGCCCCAAAGACUCCCAACCGGUCAAGAGAGAGAGACACAGACAAGCAAACUCAGAAUAAAGAGAAGCGGAAACGAAGGGGCUCCCUCUCGCCGCCCUCCUCUGCCUACGAGCGAGGCACCAAGAGGCCCGAGGACAGAUACGAUACCCCGACCUCCAAAAAGAAAGUGCGGAAGGACCGCAACAAGCUCUCGACGGAGGAGCGGCGGAAGCUGUUCGAGCAGGAGGUGGCUCAGCGGGAGGCCCAGAAGCAGCAGCAGCAGAUGCAGAGCCUGGGGAUCACGUCUCCGCUGCCCUACGACUCUCUCGGCUACAGCGGCCCUCACCACCCCUUUGCCGGCUACCCACCGGGGUACCCCAUGCAGGCCUACGUGGACCCCAGCAACCCCAAUGCUGGGAAGGUGCUCCUCCCCACCCCCAGCCUGGACCCCGUGUGCUCCCCUGCUCCUUACGAUCACGCUCAGCCCCUGGUGGGACACUCUGCGGAGCCCCUGGCCGCCCCCCCAGCGGUGCCCGUGGUGCCACACGUGACAGCCCCCGUGGAAGUGUCCAGCUCUCAGUACGUGGCCCAGAGCGAAGGGGUGGUGCACCAAGACUCCAGCGUCGCCGUCCUGCCAGUGCCGGCCGCAGCCCCGGUCCAGGGACAAAAUUACAGCGUCUGGGAGUCAAACCAGCAGCCGGUCAGCGUGCAGCAGCCCUACUCGACGCCCACGCAGUCGCAGCCGACCAUCUAUUACCAAGGACAGACCUGUCCAACCGUCUACGGCGUGACGUCCCCCUUCUCCCAGACAACGCCCCCCCUCGUGCAGAGCUACGCCCAGCCGAGCCUGCAGUACCUUCCCGGGCAGCAGAUCUUCUCGGCGCCGGGCGUGCUGGUCCAGCCGGCCGCGGCCGUGACGGCCGUCGUGGCGCCGGGGCAGCCCUCGCCCCUGCAGCCGCCGGAAAUGGUGGUGAGCAACAACCUCCUGGACCUGCCACCGCCCUCUCCUCCCAAACCAAAAACCAUCGUCUUACCUCCCAACUGGAAGACCGCCCGCGACCCUGAGGGGAAGAUCUAUUACUACCACGUCGUCACGAGGCAGACUCAGUGGGACCCGCCCACGUGGGACAGCCCGGGAGACGAGGCCAGCCUGGAGCACGAAGCCGAGAUGGACCUGGGAACCCCGACGUACGACGAGAACCCCAUGAAGGCCUCAAAGAAGCCCAAGACAGCAGAGGCAGACACCUCCAGCGAGCUGGCUAAGAAGAGCAAGGAAGUGUUCCGGAAGGAGAUGUCCCAGUUCAUCGUCCAGUGCCUGAACCCCUACCGGAAGCCGGACUGCAGAGGGGGGCGGAUCACCACCACGGAGGACUUCAAGCACCUCGCUCGGAAGCUGACUCACGGCGUCAUGAACAAGGAGCUGAAGUACUGCAAGAACCCGGAGGACCUGGAGUGCAACGAGAACGUGAAGCACAAGACCAAGGAGUACAUCAAGAAGUACAUGCAGAAGUUCGGGGCCGUGUACAAGCCCAAAGAGGACACGGAGCUGGAGUGA